CUAUGCGUCCUCACUAUGUGCAACCAAGAUGACAUGAGCAGCCAACACUUUACACAGAGUAGCAGCUGAAAAUGUGAUCAUACAGAAUAAAACAACAUGUAAAGAGGCAAAGCUUUCGGCUUUUGCUUUAGCUGAGGAAAGGGACGGGGUAUUCUGCUAUUUGACAUUCGUAAUUCUGGAAAGGCGUGCCCUUUAUUGUCGGACUCGAAAACUCGUCGUAAUCAUCCAGCAAUCAUUUUGAUGAUCACGGCCACCCCCCGAGAGCCGUGUGAACCCACGUUCACCGCCCUCGCCACGAGAACUUCAGCGCUGUGCGCAAAGGCGCAGACGGGACAUCUGGAGAGCUUUUACGCACAGAGGUGAGGCGCAGCGGCAGCGCCCUGCAUUCAACACGAAUGAUAGACGUGCAUAUAAACUCUCUGAAUUAUUGUAACAUUUAUUCCUUUCAUCCGUUCAUGUGAUACGGCCAAAUUGUAAGACAAACAAAUCUGUAAACACUCGCAAUGGAAGAGAAUCUAAGUAAUUUGAGCGUGCUGAACUGGGAGCAGGUAAAGCGUCUGGAUGUCAUCCUCACCGAAUCCAUCCCCAUUCACGGCAAAUGGAACUUUCCCACUUUGGAGAUGAAACCCAGGGAUAUCGUCAAAGUCGUGCGGUGUCGCAUGGAAGAGCGCAAGAUUCACGUCCGGGAGGUCCGGCUGAACGGCUCCGCGGCCAGUCACGUUCUCCACGAGGACAGCGGUUUGGGCUACAAGGACUUGGACCUCAUAUUUUGCGCGGAUCUGAAAGGCGAAGUGGAGUUUCAGACCGUCAAGGAUAUCGUUCUCGACUCCCUCCUGGAUUUCCUGCCUGAAGCUGUGAAUAAAGAGAAAAUCACGCCAGUUACAUUAAAGGAGGCUUACGUGCAGAAGAUGGUGAAAGUGUGUAAUGAUUCAGACCGCUGGAGUCUAAUCUCCCUCUCCAACAACAGCGGGAAGAACGUCGAACUGAAGUUUGUGGAUUCCCUGCGGCGCCAGUUUGAGUUCAGCGUUGACUCUUUUCAAAUCCGUCUGGACUCCCUCCUCCUCUUCUACAAGUGCUCUGAAAACCCCAUGUCUGAGACAUUCCACCCCUCCAUCGUGGGAGAGAGCGUUUACGGAGACUUCAAUGUAGCCUUGGACCACCUGCAACAGAAACUGAUCUGCACGCGAAAUCCAGAAGAGAUUCGAGGUGGCGGCUUGCUGAAGUACUGCCACCUGUUGGUGCGAGGUUUCCGUGCGGCUUCGGAAGCCGAGAUGAAGCUUCUCGAACGCUACAUGUGUUCCCGGUUCUUCAUCGACUUCUCAGAUGUGGCGGAACAAAGGCGCAAGCUAGAGUCAUAUCUGCAGAAUCACUUUGUGGGAUUAGAGGACCGGAAGUACGAGUACUUGACCACCCUGUAUAGUGUCGUCAAUGAAAGUACAGUAUGCUUGAUGGGACACGAACGGCGACAGAUUCUGAGCCUCAUCACCAUGUUGGCGAUACGUGUUCUGGCGGAGCAGAAUGUAAUUCCCAAUGUGGCUAACGUCACUUGCUAUUACCAGCCUGCACCUUACAUUGCAGAUGGCAACUUUAGCAAUUACUACAUUGCUCAGGUGCAGCCAGUGUAUGCCUGCCAGCCCGCCCACACAUUCUCAUCGUGGUUGCCCUGCAACUGACCAAUUGUUAACUCACAUUUGGUCCGACAUGUCUAAUUAGAGCACUCUCCCAAUGAGACCAGUUGACAAGUCUGUAUUUGUGUGCUCUACAAUGUGAGAAAAACCUUUCCGAACUGGCUGCUGCCAGCUCACUGCAAGGAGAAGCUACAAGCGUGCCAGAUGAAGAAAGAGGAAGGGGAGAGUGAGGUAACUUGGAUUCGUUCCCAUCGGGCAGCACAUUCUACCUAGGCUUUCCAUGGCUAUGUGCCAGGCCUACAGAAGCACAACACUGGCUGAGAGGAAACACAAUGGAAACUCUAUGAGAGCAAUACAGACACAAAAGGGACUAUCUUUGUGUUUGUGUACAUAUGUGUGUUAGACAUACUUGAAGAAUCAAAGAUGUCCUGCAUAUUGUGUUGAAAGGGCAGAUAGAUUAGCAAGAGAACUUUUUUGAUGCCCACUACUCAUGCUAUCAGACUGAAAUCAAUGGACAAUUUUCUCAAGCCAAGGAUAUUCUCAUAGAUUCCAGAUACCCAAAAAACAGAUUAUCAUUUAAGUGCCUUAAACUGGUUUUAAUUUUAUUAUUUUUUUCCAAAGUAUGUUGGUCAAGACAUCUUUUUGGAGUCACAUAUGAAUUAAGGUAGUGUACAAUAGAUGAGUUUUAAAGGUCACUUCCGACGGAUAGUUUCAAGACCUAUUUCUUGUAAUGUAUUCGUUUAGGGGCCUAUAUGAAAGUGUUGCAUAAGAUGCUUUUUACAUCCGAGGCACUUGCAAGAUUGGUAUACCUGUGUGUAAGACUGUACAUAUGAGUUUUUCGCAGCUUCUUGUCUCAUCUAAACUGACCUCAAUGUACUGUUGGCUCAGUGCUGGCUUAGCUCAGAUUAAAAUGUCCAGGGCAAUGCCAUUACAUCUAAGGCAGGGAAGUAAAACAGGUCGAGGCCGAACAGGAAGAGAACUAAUGAAAGUUGUUGUUGUUAUAUCCAGGUUACCUGGCGUCUUUCUGAAGGCCUAAUUAUCACACAGCCACCAAAUCCAGAGAUUAUACCUUUGACACAUCUGACCUGCAUAUCCUGGGGGAUUAAGACCAGCAUAGACAUAGCAGUGAGAGGCAGAAGCUUGUUUAAGGGAAGCAGAACAUAUACCAAAGAUAUUCUUGAUAUUCCUCAAGAUUGUGAAUCAACAAUACUUGACGUAAAAGCAUCUACAUGCUGUUGGAACUCAAUGCAACACAAUCCCCCAGUUGAAUGAUUCCAUAGAAUCUGAAUCUGAAUGCUCUGACAUAUGUUAAGGCCCUGUCCCCAAUGUUACCAGUUCCACACUUUGGUGAUGCAAUACUGCAUAGACUGUCGAGUGGUGGUCCAAAGGUGCAGACAGGGCAAAAGAAGGGUAUAAGGGGCACUCGGGAGCACCUUUCAGAAACAACAAUGGGAGACCCUGUCCCAAAGGAUACCCUAAGCCCUGGCUGUCCUCAGUUGGUUCUACACUCUGGUGAUGCAAUGCUGCAUAUACUGUCUGGUAGUAGUAUAAAGGUGCAUACUGAUCAAAGGGGUGGGGGCAUUCUAUGCUCACAUUCAUAUGAAGGUUGCCACAGAUCUACAGAACAGCAAGUUGGGACAGGGCUUGAGAAUGUCACAUGUACUUAGGGAUAAAUUCUCCCUAACUGAUCAUACAAAGAUGGACACGUUCCUCCCAUACGCAUACUCGCAUAUAAUCAUAUCUCUUAUUUUUCUACUGAUUCUGCUAUUUUUGUACAUUUUGAUGUUUGUGCUAAGGUCUUGGUUAGGACCUUACUCUAAUGCUGUGAAAAGUACUGUUGUGUUUUAUGAGUCCAAAGACCCGACUGAGCAUUAGUGCAGCAAAUUCUCAACAAACGUUGGUGUAAAUUUUCAUUUCGAGUCAUUGCAUUUGGGUGCCCACACAAGUGUGAAUGUCUCAGUCUAUGUGUGUUUUAUCUUCUAAAUUAAACUUGUAUGUGAAUUCAGAUGUGAUAUUCUGAGCUCACUACUGUCAAUAUGUGUCAUGUAUUUUCCAACAUGAAUGACUCAUUAAAUGGUGAUUUUAAAAGUUA